CCAUGUGACUCAAAAUGGCUGCAGAUAGUGAAGCAAGCAGUUAUUUAUCUGCACGUAACGCAUAUUGUCUGAUUUAUACGUUCAUAUGGAAAAAUGUACCUUGUCAGUCGUCCAGUAGUUAAAUAAUAGUGUGUACAGGAUGACCUCUCUUACGAGGGGAGAUAUUACACCAGUACAGCAAAUGAUUGCUUCGGGUUCUGGAGCUAUUGUCACUUCUUUAUUUGUGACUCCACUAGAUGUUAUCAAAACGAGGCUACAGGCUCAAGCAAAAACUGCUGUGCAGAAUCGUUGUUAUAUCUUCUGCAAUGGUUUAAUGGAUCACCUUUGCUUGUGUUCAAUGCUUGGAUCACCAUAUAACCCUUUAGGCCAUGUUCCACCUUUAAAGUUCUCCAGUUCGUUGGAUGCAUUUAUCAAGAUUGUUCGACAUGAAGGAACAAUUUCAUUAUGGAGAGGACUUCCACCAACUCUUGUGAUGGCUGUCCCAAAUACUAUGAUAUAUUUUACACUUUAUGACCAGUUGAAGGUUUUAUAUGGAUUUCAGCAGGGAGAAACUAAUGUAUGGUCACCAAUAUUAAGUGGCAGCAGCUCACGAACAAUAUCAGUGACAAUUAUUUCACCAAUUGAGAUGAUAAGAACCAAGUUACAGUCAAGAAGUGGAUACAAAUACAAAGAAUUAGGAAGUGUUAUAAGGACUGCUAUUCAACAAGGAGGUGUUUUCUCGUUAUGGCAAGGACUUGGUCCAACACUGCUGAGAGACCUGCCUUUUUCAGCUAUUUACUGGACUGGAUAUGAAUUCUUGCGUAGUAGGACUGCUGAACCAGGUUUUUGGACAGCUUUCAUCAGUGGUGCUGGCUCAGGACUAGUAGCAGCAAUAUUGACUCAGCCUUUUGAUGUUGUAAAAACACACCGUCAAAUGGAAUUAGGUGAAAUGGAAUUCAGUUCUCCGAAAAGACUCCCCUUCACAGCAUCAAUAUUAAUGAAGCUUUACAGAGAAAAAGGGUUUUCAAGUUUAUUUGCAGGUCUUGCUCCCAGAAUGGCCAAGGUCCCACCUGCAUGUGCUAUCAUGAUAAGUAUUUAUGAAUAUGGCAAGACAUUUUUUAUCCAACACAACUUGAAAAGAAGAGAAAGUCUGAGUAUGCCUCUCACUUGAUUCAAUCAAUGCUUAUGACAUAAGUCAGAAGUGAAUUACAAUAAAAAACAAAGGAAUAGAAAUGAGGCCUAAGGACCUUGAGGUGUUUAGAUAGUAAAUAUAAAGGGAUUCCAUUCAUCUGGAUUAAAGAACAAUUGCUUGUCUGUAUGAAAAGAACAUUUCUUCAAUCCCUAAGUUACUUCUGGUUUAUGUCGUAAGCAUAUCUGGAAGAGUCAUUUACAUUAAAUUUUAACUUUUCACAAGAAAAAUUUCUUCAGGAUAAUGAUUUAUCCAGUGGAUAGUGAAAUAGAUUGACCAGGAUCUAAUGAAGACAGCAAUCCAAAUCCAGUCCUUUCUUUGUAAUGCUUGUAGUCUCUUCAGGCAACUUCUAAUAGUUUGUGGUGCCUGACUUAGACAAUCAUGUACAAUACCAUAAUAUCAUCAUAUUACAAUGUGAAGGAACUAGAGAGUUGUUUAUAUUUUAUAAGUAGUUAAUACAUUACAAAAGCACUCAAUAAUGAUUAUUAUAGUAGGCAAAAACGCUUAAUGUCAUUCACUUAAUUUAAUAAGUUUGUUGCAACUAAUGCAAAAUAAUUAUGCAAUUAUAAUGAUAGUACAGUAUGUAUGAUAUUUAAUAGCCUUAAUAGUAUUUCCUAGGCUUUGUUUGUUAUGUAUUCAGUGACAAUAUGAUAAAGACAUGUGACAAAUUUGACAGAUAGGCACUUGUGAAGGAACAGGGAUGGAUCCAGGGUAGAAGGACACUCUACUAUUUUACUAUGUUAUAUAUAUAUGUAUUAUAUUAGCAUACAUAAAUUUAUGGAUCCUCAGGGUGCCUGUGAUCAACCUUUAAAUACACAAAUUCAAAAAAACAUUUUUGUGUAAUAUUUUCCAUGUAUGUAUAUAGAAUAAAGUUAUAGCAAAAUGACUGGC